UCGGCGUUUAAAAAUUUAAUUUUUGACUUAAGUUGUAAGAAUGACGGCUAUUCUCAACUGUCAAUUGUCAAAUGUCAAAAACCUAACCAAACAUUUUUUGUUGAUUUAAAAAUGGCUGAAAUGGGGGGAAGAGCCCCCGUGAGUUUAAUUGUGCUUGGUAUGGCUGGCUCCGGCAAAACUUCUCUUGUCACACGUUUAUCAAAUUCACCUAAAAAGCCCUAUGUUGUAAAUUUGGACCCCGCAUGUCUCAAUUUGCCCUAUUUUGCAAACAUUGAUAUCAGAGACACGGUAAAUUAUAAAGAAGUCAUGAAGCAAUACAAACUGGGCCCAAAUGGGGCUAUUGUAACAAGUUUAAACUUAUUUUCGACGAAAUUCUCCGAAGUUAUCGGUUUUAUAGAAAAGUCGAACCAUGAAUUGUGUAUUUUGGACACUCCAGGUCAAAUAGAAGUUUUCACAUGGUCGGUUUCUGGUUCAAUUAUCACUGAAACUCUAGCUUCAACUUUACCAACGGUUAUUUUGUAUGUUGUUGAUUCUGUGAGGAGUACUUCCCCUAUUACUUUUAUGUCAAAUAUGCUCUAUGCUUGUUCGAUUCUUUAUAAAACUCGUCUCCCUUUCAUCGUUGUUAUGAACAAAGUCGAUGUUGUUGACCACUCUUAUGCCCUUGAUUGGAUGACCGAUUUUGAGUCUUUCCAACAAGCAUUAGAAGCCGAUGAAAGCUACAUUAGUAAUUUGACAAGAUCGAUGGCCUUGACUUUGGACGAAUUUUACCAAAAUUUGAAAGUUUGUGGAGUGAGUGCUGCCACGGGACAAGGAAUUGAAGAUUUAUACAAGUUAAUAGAUGAAGCUCGAAUUUCGUACGAAACUGAGUAUAGAAGUGAAUGGAUGAAAAUAAAACAACAAUCAGAGGCACAAAAACUAGAAAAAAACAGUUCAAAUGAGCAAUGUUUUACUUUGCCAGCUGGAAUUGAACUAUCAGAUGUUUUUCUGAGACAUCCGGGGAAUGACAGUAGUGAGGAUUCAGAGGGUGAAGAGGCUCCAUAUCAAAGUAAGUACUACCAAACUUGUGAUUUUAAACAAUCAAUUUUUGUAGUUGUUGAAGAUGAAAAAGACGACGAUGUGUUUAAAAAAGUCGUACAACAACAAAAAGAAAUGCUAGUGAAAAGGGCAAAAGAAGCAGAAAUGAGGAAACAACAAACCUGAAUUAUAGAAAACAUCAAUUAAAAUUUUAUUCACUUUAAACUAAAAAUAAAUUACAAUAAAUUAAUCAGAUCAUUAGUCAAGAAAAAAAUUAACACAAUUUGUUUACCAAAAAAAAUUAUAUCUGGUGUUAAGUUUUUUCUUAGGCACAUCAAUUGCUACUAUAUAUAAAUAGACACUAUAAUAAUAAAUAAAUAAAUUUCUAUUAGUGAUA